UGCCACGGGGCCCCCUCCUGGCGUCUCCCUCCGCCGGCCGCACCGACCUCGCGGUCCCCAGACCAGGGGCCAGAUGUAGAAAGUAGUCCCCAGGCCGGCAGCGGCGGCGCUGUCCACUCCGCCGCCCCCGCCCCCUCCAGCCGGCGCCUCACUCCGCCCCCAGGCCGGACUCUCAGGCCCCCCGCCUCUUGCGAGCGGGUGUCCGUGCGCCGGCCUCGCCGCGACACAGAGACCCGCAGCCGGCCGCGCCGAGCCCACGCCACGCCGGAGCCCGAAAGGGAAGCCAGGGUGUGCGCGUCCAGCAGCGGCGUGGGGAGCGCCCGGAGGCGGGGGCGGGCAGGCAGGCGGACAGCGGCUACCGGGCGGCCGGGGAGCAUGCCCACGCAGCCCCGCUGAAUGGCGCCUUCUCUGCGACCCCUCGCCCGGCUGCGGCCGCCAGGGAUGCUGCUCCGCGCGCUACUGCUCCUGCUGCUGCUCGGCUCCGGUCCAGGAGUGUGGUGCUUUAGUGAACUGUUUUUUAUAAAAGAACCACAGGAUGUAACUGUCACAAGAAAGGACCCAGUCGUUUUAGAUUGCCAGGCUCAUGGCGAAGUUCCUAUUAAGGUCACAUGGUUGAAAAAUGGAGCAAAAGUGUCUGAAAAUAAACGGAUCCAGGUUCUGUCUAACGGCUCUUUAUACAUCAGUGAAGUGGAAGGCAAGCGAGGAGAGCUGUCUGAUGAAGGAUUUUAUCAGUGCUUGGCAAUGAACAAAUAUGGAGCCAUUCUUAGUCAAAAAGCGCAUCUUACCUUGUCAACGAUUUCUACAUUUGAAGUUCAGCCGAUUUCUACUGAGGUCCAAGAAGGUGGAGUUGCUAGAUUUGCAUGCAAGAUUUCCUCAAACCCUCCUGCAGUCAUCACAUGGGAAUUAAAUCGGACAACUCUGCCUGUAACUAUGGACAGGAUAACUGCCUUACCAACAGGAGUACUGCAGAUCUAUGAUGUUGGCCAAAAGGAUGCUGGAAAUUAUCGUUGUGCUGCUGCUACUGUAGCCCACAGACGUAAAAGUAUGGAAGCCUCUCUGACAGUGAUUCCAGCUAAGGAGUCUAAUUCCUUCUACACACCAACCAUUAUAGCAGGCCCACAGAACAUAACAACGUCUCUUCAUCAGACGGUUGUUUUGGAAUGCGUGGCCACAGGAAAUCCCAAACCAAUCAUUUCUUGGAGCCGCCUUGAUCACAAGUCCAUUGAUGUCUUUAAUACUCGGGUACUUGGAAAUGGUAAUCUCAUGAUAUCUGAUGUCAAACUGCAACACGCUGGAGUAUAUGUUUGUCGGGCCACAACCCCAGGCACACGCAACUUUACAGUUGCCAUGGCAACCUUAACUGUCUUAGCUCCACCUUCAUUUGUUGAAUGGCCAGAAAGUUUAACAAGGCCUCGAGCUGGCACUGCUCGAUUUGUAUGUCAAGCAGAAGGAAUCCCCUCACCCAAAAUGUCAUGGUUGAAAAACGGGAGGAAGAUACAUUCAAAUGGGAGAAUUAAAAUGUACAACAGUAAAUUGGUAAUUAACCAGAUUAUUCCUGAAGACGAUGCUAUUUAUCAGUGCAUGGCUGAGAACAGCCAAGGAUCUAUUUUAUCUAGAGCCAGACUGACCGUAGUAAUGUCAGAAGACAGACCCAGCGCUCCAUACAAUGUGCAUGCUGAAACCAUGUCCAGUUCAGCGAUCCUUUUGGCUUGGGAGAGGCCACUUUAUAAUUCAGACAAAGUCAUCGCUUACUCUGUGCACUACAUGAAAGCAGAAGGUUUAAAUAAUGAAGAGUAUCAAGUAGUCAUCGGAAAUGACACAACUCAUUAUAUUAUUGAUGACUUAGAACCUGCUAGCAAUUAUACUUUCUACAUUGUGGCAUAUAUGCCAAUGGGAGCCAGCCAGAUGUCUGACCAUGUGACCCAGAAUACUUUAGAGGAUGUUCCACUGAGGCCUCCUGAAAUCAGUUUGACGAGUCGAAGUCCCACUGAUAUCCUCAUCUCCUGGCUGCCGAUCCCGGCCAAGUACCGACGUGGUCAGGUGGUCCUCUACCGCCUGUCCUUCCGCCUGAGUACUGAGAAUUCUAUCCAAGUUCUGGAGCUCCCGGGGACCACACACGAGUACCUUUUGGAGGGCCUGAAACCCGACAGUGUCUACCUGGUGCGGAUUACUGCUGCCACCAGGGUGGGGCUGGGAGAAUCAUCUGUGUGGACCUCACAUAGGACACCCAAAGCUACAAGUGUGAAAGCCCCCAAGUCGCCAGAGUUACAUUUGGAGCCUCUGAACUGCACCGCCAUUUCUGUGAAGUGGCAGCAAGAUACGGAGGACACAGCAACCAUUCAGGGCUACAAGCUGUACUACAAAGAAGAAGGGCAGCAGGAAAAUGGACCCAUAUUCUUAGAUACCAGUGACCUUCUCUACACUCUCAGUGGUUUAGACCCCAGAAGAAAGUACCACGUGAGGCUUCUGGCUUACAACAACAUAGAAGAUGGCUAUCAGGCAGAUCAGACAGUCAGCACUCCGGGAUGCGUGUCUGUUCGUGAUCGCAUGGUUCCCCCUCCACCGCCACCCCACCAUCUCUAUGCGAAGGCUAACACCUCAUCUUCCAUCUUCCUGCACUGGAGGAGGCCUGCGUUCACCACUGCACAAAUAAUUAACUACACCAUCCGCUGUAACCCUGUCGGCCUGCAGAAUGCUUCUUUGGUUCUGUACCUUCAAACAUCAGAAACUCACAUGUUGGUUCAAGGUCUAGAACCAAACACCAAAUAUGAAUUUGCUGUACGACUGCAUGUGGACCAGCUUUCCAGCCCCUGGAGCCCCGUUGUCUACCAUUCAACACUUCCAGAAGCACCGGCAGGCCCACCAGUUGGAGUAAAAGUGACGUUGAUAGAAGAUGACACUGCUCUGGUUUCUUGGAAACCACCUGAUGGCCCAGAGACCGUGGUGACACGCUACACCAUCUUGUACGCUUCCAGGAAGGCCUGGAUUGCAGGAGAGUGGCAGGUCCUACACCGAGAAGGAGCAAUAACCAUGGCUCUGUUAGAAAACCUGGUGGCAGGAAACGUGUACAUUGUCAAGAUAUCCGCAUCCAAUGAGGUGGGAGAAGGACCCUUUUCAAAUUCUGUGGAGCUGGCAGUUCUUCCAAAGGAAACCUCUGAAUCUAAUCAGAGGCCCAAGCGUUUGGAUUCAGCUGAUGCCAAAGUUUAUUCAGGCUACUACCAUCUGGACCAAAAAUCAAUGACUGGCAUUGCUGUAGGCGUUGGCAUAGCCUUGACCUGCAUCCUCAUCUGUGUUCUCAUUCUGAUAUACCGAAGUAAAGCCAGGAAAUCAUCUGCUUCCAAGACGGCACAGAAUGGAACUCAGCCGUCAUCUCGCACCAGUACCUCCCUAGCCGGUGGAAAUGAAGCUGGAAAGAACCUGGGGGGAGUUGUAGAAAAUGAAGAAUCCUUAAUGCCAAUGAUAAUGCCAAACAGCUUCAUUGAUGCAAAGGGAGGAACUGACCUGAUAAUUAAUAGCUAUGGUCCUAUAAUUAAAAACAACUCUAAGAAAAAAUGGCCAUUUUUCCAAGAUUCUAAGAAGAUAAAAGUUGACCAGCCUCAAAGAAGAUUUACUCAAGCAGUAUGCUUUUACCAGCCAGGCACCACUGUGUUGAUCAGUGAUGAAGACUCCCCCAGCUCCCCGGGUCAAACCGCCAGCUUCCCAAGACCCUUUGGUGUUGUUGCCGCUGAUAUGGAGCACUCUGCAAAUAGCGAAGGCAGUCAUGAGACUGGGGAUUCUGGAAGGUUCUCCCAUGAGUCCAAUGAUGAGAUCCACCUGUCCUCAGUCAUCAGCACCACGCCCCUGACCUCCAGUUCCUUCACCGGCAGUGAUUCAGGUGGGGAUGGCUCUGUGAGGAAGUGUGGAGACCCAGCCACGCCGCUGGAUGCCGAGCAGACGACUUCUUCGGGUCUGCAGCCGCUGUCUGCCAUCCUGCGCUUUGACAAAGAUGAUUUUCCAAUCUAGACAGCCAUGUUCAGGUAUUCUCACCUCUAAGUCUGUUCGAAGGACAAGGAACAGGGAGCCAAAGCCUUUUGUGGAAAUCUUGAUGUCUUAUUGUGUAUUUCAGCUUUUUUUUGAAUGUGUUUUCAUUUUUUUAUUUUUAAACACGUAUUUUGAAUGUUUCGUUGUCAGCAAUGUGAAAAGACAGUCUAGAUACUUGACUGGAUUAUAAAAUACGUCACUGGAGCAAAGGGAAGACUUUUGAAAACCCCUUUGCUGACUAUCUACCUCAGUUUGCCAGAUGGCAAACUCCGAAGACAACUUUGUUACCUCGUGUGUUGUGAUAGUUGAUCUCCGCUCCGUAACCAAUGAUACUUCCUAGUAGCAUUUUGUUUUCAUUGCUGUAUGUGUAGUGUGUGUGAUCAAAGGAGUCAUAUAGGUAUAUGAGUAAGAAUGUUUAUCUGAAGCUCUGAUUUUUUUUUUAAAGAAAACUAUGACAUCUGCAUGGUUUGGAGAAUGUCAUACCUCUGCUAUGAGGACUGUCGAACCACUGAGAAGAGAAAAAGUGGGACUGCUGAUUUUAACAAAUGACCAAAACAAAGAGUGUCUCUUUUGAAAACAGAACUAUUCAGUAGCAUAUAGGGAAUACUGUGGCUUCAAGGGCCUUUCUGUUUUGGGCAUUAGAGUCUUGAGUGCUUUACCUGCUGUACCCCAAACCUCAGCUGCCUAGAGCCGUGCCUUUUCUACCUUCCCCUUUGCCUGACGGUCGGCCAAAGCCUGCACUGUCUAGUUUGCAAAGCAUCCUCACCAUUUCCAGAGUUAGUUGCAAAACUCCAUUUUUAAAGAGAAUUGGUUAGAGUUUUUUGUUUUUUAAUCCCACCUUGACUUUAAAAAAAAAAAAAGGGUAAAGAAAUUUCAUAAAGUAUUAAGAAUAAAGAUAAAUGCAAGUAGACCAUAAAAUAAACUAGAGGUUAUCAUGGUAACAGUGCCUUCCAUUAUGUAUUAUGAAAUUCUUUGCCUUAUACCUUUUUAAUAUUCAUGCAAUUGUUCAGGACAGGAGUACAGAAAGUUGCCUUAAGAGUUUCUUGGAUUUUAUCAAUAACUAUUUUGAUGGUAUAGUAUCUUAUCAAAGCGUUUUAGUUUGUUUUCACGCAGGUCUGAUUUAGGGAUAAGUGUUCAGAGCUCUACCACCUCGUUUGUAUUUUCUUGAAUUCUUAAAGAGAAUGUGGUACUCUGUAAUCUUCUUUCCGUGUCAAUGCUGUGAAUGAGGAAUGCUAACUCCAGGAGUGAGUUAAUCCUCUUGCUGGUUUGAAAUCAGCAAACUAUUUACUCAGCCACAUAGAAUAGACCUUCUUUCAGUCAUGAGACAGUUACCUACUAGGUACCCAGCAGUGAAAAAGGAAAAAGAAUUAAACACAUAGUGUAGAGAGGGGCCCUAUGUUUUUUGGUAUUUCUUCACAUUAUUUGGAAAUGACUUCUGAGCCUUAUUUUAAAAGGAAUCUUCAUGGGUUUCCCCUUGAAACCUUUGGUUUAUGGGGUGUGGUGCGGUGGGGUGAUGGUGAGGAAGUAAGAAUGUAAAUGGCAUUCUAAAAUCAAAAGAAUGUUCCUGGGUGUUAGUCCCACCUCUGUCAUUGCCUAUCCCCGUGUCUGAUGAUGCCUGUCUUAUUGUUUCUUAAUCUGUAGUUUUGUGCCAAACUGGAUGUGUUCAGAAGCAGACCAACAUUAAGUGCCAGCAACCACUUGUGAACUAAAUUCAAAGUCCUCCUUUAGUUAUCUAAGUAUGGGCUUCAUGGCAAAACAAAAAAAGCAGAGCUUUAGGUGAACAAUCUGAGGCAAGGAAAAAUGCUGCUCCUGCCUUUAUAGCUCCUGUUUUAUACUACCUCCUUUUAAAGUUAUUCUAGUGUUAUUUUUUUUCCUGUACUCAGGGAACAUUUUGUUACUUUUAAGCUGCCUCAUGCGAGCAUGGGCAAACUGACAGGGUAUGGUGUCUUUUGGUUCGUAAGUAGUUUUGUGGGGCCAACUUUUAUCAGCAUACAAAAUUAAGGAAUACAAGGAGUUUGUUUUAUUUUUUAAACUUUCAUUAAAAGGCAGAUAAAAUCUAAAGUUGAAACAUCAUCCAUCAUGGUUAUGGAAGAUGUGUCCAGGACUACAUGAAUUUGAAUCAUUUUAAAAGCCUAAAAAGAUGAUCUGAAAGUCCUUGAGGAAAGUAUUUUGUUUGUUUCCUUUUUCUUUUUCUUUUCUUUUUUUUUAAUAAAUAGGCCCAUAGUUAUUAUAGAUCUUUAGGCUAUAACUCUUUGCUAAUUAUUUACCAGUACAUUUUUACUUUUUCACCUUUUCAUUUUGUUCUUAUACAGAUUUUUUUCAUAAUAAUCCUGUUACCAAAGAAAUUUCAGCAGAAAGUAAAAAUUUGACUCUAAUUUCCCCCCCAAAAUUGAAUUAACUAGAAACAUCUAUAGGUCUGAAGCUUAUAUAAGUAGUUACUAACCCAAAAUAAUAGGGUUUAUAUUGAUUGUUAUAGUUAAAUAGACUAGUAAUUUCAACUACCUUAUUGUUACCAGAGCAUUUAAAAUGAUUUCUUUACCAGCAGAUAGUUCCAAAGAAUUUCAAGUGUAAUUUUUUUUUCUUCAGCAAGUAAAUCCUCAUAUACAGUAUUAGAAUAAAGUAUUUUUAAAUUGUUGAAACUACUUGUUGGAGAGAAAAAAAAAUCUUUUCACCAAAGAUAAGUAUUUUGGUCUCAUUGAAUAAGAUAUUUAGUAUACACCAAAGACUUCUUUUUAUUGGCCAAAGCUAGCUUCUUUGAAGUCUUAAGAAUGAAACUGUAACUAAAAUGUGAAGUUUCUCAUUCAUCUCUCAUAGUGGUGUUACUUCAUGGCAUUUCAUUCCAACGGGGUUAAUACGCAAAUGGUAACUGUUUUCUUUCCCAAAGACUUAUUUGCUGUAAGUACUGAUACACGCAUGCCAUUUUUAUGCCAAAUAUUACGAGAUACUGCUCAUCAGUAUUUUCAUACCAAAGACCAUUAAAAUAUAUAGAUUAGCCUGUAAGUAAGUAAAGAUGAGCAGAUUUGAAAUAAAUUUAUUUAGAGGCUGAUAGGACUCUAGCUUUAGUAGCAAAAGAAAUCAAAGGGCUAAGUUUACAUAAUUAAAAGCAAUACAAUUUAUGUUGGUAUUUAUCAGUGUUUUUAUUCAAGUACUUUUUAUCAGCAAAUUAUAAAAAAACCAAAGAUAUUUAAGGUUACCUCCGCAUAUAGACAAAUUUAGUUGUACGUUAAAUUGUUGUUUCUUGUUUUUAUGUCAACCAAAUUGUCUCUCUAGAACCCAGUCUGUAUCCAAAUAGCAUACAUAGGGACUUUCCAUCAAGUCUGCUGAUUCAGCCACAGGAUGUUUUUGCCAAAUGAUGUGAUUACUUUUCCUAAGCACCUUGACUGUGAGAUGUCAACAGAAAUCUCAGCAAGUUUUUCCAUUCCAGAGCAUAUGGCAACCCCUGAAUUAGCCUGUGCAGUCUUCCUUCUGCUUAAAGCAUUACCUGGUUAACUCAGAAGGUUGAGGCAGUCCCAAAAUAAUAGGGGCGUUCUCAUCUCUUGGGAGCAGUGACAUACAGUGGGCAAACAAAUCGUAUCACUGUUUAAGUGGACUGUCCUUCAAUGGAUGUGCCCUUUAAAGUUGUCCAUAAGUUGAAAUAUUUUAAUAGCAUCAAGGGCCCUAGUGUUUCAAACCUGAGGGGGAAACUUGGGUGAAACCAUAAUCUUUUUUUAUGAAAUCUGGGGUUUUAUAUUUUGAUUAGCCUAAAAGUAAAGACACAGCUUUAUCCACUAAGUAAGUAGCUUUUAAAAGAUUGGCUUUGGCACACCAGGGAAAUUUGAUCCUUGGUCCUCGGUGAAAUGCCUUUUAUUUGGCUUUGUUUCAAACAAGAGCACUGCCAACAUUGAUAACAGUGACAGUGAUUUGCAUUAGUUUGUCUUGACUUUGAUAAGGACUUCUCCCGGAAACUUGCUGGUGUUGACUACUCAGGAUCGAUGGUCAAGUCCAUAUGGAGACAACUUUGAAGAGUGUCCGAAAAGAUGGAAUUGAAAGUAUCUUUUUUUUUUUUUUAAAUGUAAGAAUAUCCAGAUGUGGCUCCAUUUCAGUGGUAGCUGUAGUGAUUCACAUGUAUGUUUCUAUUUCGUUGAAUGUAAAUUUUUAAUACUGAAUGUAAAAAAAAAAGUUUCAACUGUAUGGAAAGAGUCAUGAUCAUUCUAAGACUAAACCUGUAUUUUGUACAUUGUGUUCCUGACAAUUUGCCACAUGGCUCUCUGGUAAAAUUGCUUUGGUUUAAUAGAAUAAUUGUUGUGGGCUGUGAGCAAAGAGUAGAGGGUUCUGGAGAUUUCCAUAUACAACCAGUUGUCAACUUGUUGAACUGUUAUUGAUGUUUAGAAGAACAUAUACAUAGAAUUCUGUGUUAAGUUGAUUUAUGCUCAGGACACCAGAUCACAGGCUAAUGCAAUGUGUAUGUUUGCAGGCUUUAAUCUUGUCAGGCUGUUUCCCAUUUUAAGGCUUUGAAGUUGUUCAGGAUUAUGACAGUCUUGCAUUUUUAUCAGACAGAUGCUGUAUUUUCUUAAUGCUGCUGUAACAAUUUACCACAAAUUGAUGGCCUUAAAACAACACCGAUUUAUUACCUUCCACUCUGUAGGUCACAAGUCUGACACAGGUCUCACUGGGAUAAAAUCAACGUCUGUUUCCUUGGGUUUUUUUCCUGGCUUUUAGAGCCUGUGGACUCCACCUUCAAAGCCAGCAGUGUAGCAUCAGUGUGACCCUGCUUCCAUUUUUAUAUCUCUUUUUCUGACCCUAACCAGAAAAGGUUCUCCAAUUUUAAGGACUCUUGCAAUUACAUUGGGUCUACUUGGAUAAUCCAGGAUAAUCUCCCCAUUUUAGAAUCCUUAACUUAAUCACAUCUGCAAAGUCCUUUUGCCCUGUGUGGUAACAUAUUUAGAGUCCAAGGAUUUGGGCAUGCAUUUCUGUGGGUGGCCACUAUUUUGCCUCCCGUAGACACAUUAUUACUGUAGAACUGUAGCAUUCUGAUUUCUACAAAAUGUCAGCUGCAUUACAGAGAUUGGCAGUCUGAAGUCAUGUACCCUUUAGAGAUCUUCAAAAUUUCAAAGCUGUGAAUACCUUGGUUUAUAGCUUAUCAAGUGUACACAUUAAACUUCCUCUCUAGAUUGCUUGCAAAAAUAAUUCAGCUUUAAACUUUUUUGAAUAUGUGCUUCAUAAAUUAAUGUCUCAGUUCUAUGCAUUUCACAGAAAGUUUCCUGAAAUUUAUGGAAACUCAUCAGAAAUUUUUGAUAAAUGUUCUUAUUAUAGUUGAAAUUUCUGCUUUUCUCUUAAGUAAUUAUGUUGCCAGUGGAGGAUUGAGGCAAAAAAGACCUCAGACAUGGGACUCGGUAGAUGAACAAGAUCAUGCUCACGCUCAUUCUUUAUCUUCUAAAAGCACAUUUACAACAUGCCCCCUUUCUACUUUUAAGUCAGGUUUAUUUCUUAAGCUUCACCACCUGUUUUCUUUUCAGUUUGGUAAUCCCUCGAUUUCCCAUCAACCUCAGCAGGAGCCUCCACUCACCUCACUAGCAUGUGUGCAUCUGAGGCAGUGGUGUCUUUCUUGUCAUGCUCUUUGAUUUCAGUUGUGCCUUUCCCUGGAGAGCUUUACAUUCCGCAGCUCUAGUUGGUUCUAAUUCCUGGAUUGUUCAAGUCAAGCCUUCUUUCUGUUUUGAAGGAUAGUUUCUAAUUCUAACUCUAAUUUUCAGUAUGUCUUAACCAAGGAGAUACAGCUAUCUCCAUUAUAGGGUAGAGACGUGAUGAUAUUCUGAGUAGGGAUAACGUGCUGGUCAUUUUUCAGCUGCUGGUCAUUUUUCAGCUGCUUUUGACCCCAGUCUCUAGGAAGAGAUAAUGUGAUUUCCUGAGCAUAUGUGGUGUGCCUAACAUGUGCUUCAUUCCUGCAAACUACUACAUUCUGCGAGGCAAAUAUUCCCCCCAUUUUAGAGAUCAGGAAACUAAGGUAUAAAAUGUCUAAGUUGCCAAAGAUCACAGCUGGUUAAGUUGCUUACCAUAGUUACAAACCCGUGCUCGCUUCGGCAGCACAUAUACCAUAGUUACAAACCCGAGUUGGUCUACUUCCAAAGCUGAUAGGAUUUCUACUAGGAUGUAUUUUUUCAGCUAAGAAAUUAUAUUUAAUUACUCAGGCUCGUGGUGCCUUCUGCUGUGCCAACACAACCUGUCCACAUAGUAAUAGCCAAUCAGCAGAAAUCUUAGUUGUGUCCUUUAUUCACAGGAGGACUUUAGGAGGCUGAGCCAUAACUUACCUCUUGUCAUCUCCUAACCUCUCUCUUUUCUCUGUUAAAACCUUCAAUUUCUCUUAGCCAGUAUUGCCUGAAAACUGAUGUUUGUGCCUAAGGUUGCAUUAGAAAUAAGGUAAUUAUUGUUUCUGGAGUCCUUAUCUUUUUAAGCAUUUGCCUAAUAGAUUAGGUGUUCAGAAUUCGAUUCAUCUUGUGUGAUUUUUCUAUAGUCCCCAUAUCCAAGUAGGGAUUUACUCACUGGAAAAAACCAGGCAUGUAACCCGUCAUCCUUCCUUGCUAGAUCUGGAGUCGAUAGUUCUUAUAUGAGUUACAAUGUAACUAAUUCUUCACACUAAUUUAGGAGGGAGCAAAGCUGAGGGAGAGUUCUAUAAUAGAACAAGUGUAAGUUUAGUUAUUGGACCACCUAAAUUCUAAUCAUUUACCAUGUUGAGAAUUGUUUGGUAGGAAAGUUCUCAACCUAUUUCUGUUCCAUCUCUAAUCAUCAAAUGAGGGGAUGUGCAGAACGAAGCAAUAGUACUGUGAAGACUUAAAAGGAAACUCAAGUGUAAAUAAUUAUAAUCUGAAAGUCAUUUCUAUAAGGUUGUGAAAUAGUCUUAACGGAUUUUUUUCUUUACACUUCAGCCUUUUCAGUUACAUUUUGCCUGUGCUAAAAUGAAACGUUUGCAUUUCCUGUAUAUGCACCAAAAACUAACAGAAGACAGUGGUUGUUAAAAGAUAAAGACUAGUAUUUAAACACCCAUCUGGGGGCGCCUGAGUGGCUCAGUGGGUUGGGGCCUCUGCCUUCAGCUCGGGUCAUGAUCCCGGGGUCCUGGGAUUGAGCCCCACAUGGGGCUCUCUGCUCCAGGGGGAGCCUGCUUUCUCCUCUCUCUCUGCCUGCCUCUCUGCCUGCUUGUGAUCUCUGUCCGUCAAAUGGAUAAAUAAAACCUUAAAAAAAAAAAAAAACCCAAAACAAAAAAACCCACCCAUCUGUAAUGUUGGAAAGUCUACAAAAGGAAAUGGGAAUUUACGUCAAUUUAAAACUUUCAUUUUUUUUUAAAGAGGAUACUCUUCUACAUUUUAUUAUGGUGCUAUUUACAUGACUGUAUACAAUUACCAAACUUUAUCAAAACUUACCCUUUAAACUGAUAUAUUUUGUAAUUUAAACUAUAUAUCAAGAAAGCCAAAAAAAAAGUAUUAAGUAUUAUUCUACAUGAUUUUUCAUAAUUAAAAAAGUUCACCAUAGAGAUUAUCAAGAUUUAUUAAAAUGCGCCCCAAACCCUCACAGCUACUAAACUUAAAGAUCUUUUAAGACUUGCCAGAAAUGAAAUUUCUUAUGAAAAGCAUUCUAUAAAUAGCUAACUAGGGUAACUUGGAUAGACUUUCUAAUUAUGCAACACCUUGCUUUUUUAAAUAUCAGUUUAAUAUGACUCUUAAAAAUCUCUAUUUACAUUUUAUAUUUAUAUUUCUGUCCAAUGUCCACUUUUCCUUUUGGUUUAUAAAGUCCAUGAGAACAAGACUCAUGAAUUUAUAAUUUUAACUUUAGAUGCCUAACAUCUUUCCUGAAAUCUUGGUUUUUCAAACAGUAGUCAAAACUCAACCUAAAGCACGGACCUCUCCUUCCUUAUAGUUUGCAUUUAUUGUGGAGGCUUUUUUGGUUGAAAGUUAGACAAUAGAAUAGGGAACUCGCUUCAAGACUGCUACACUGAACGUAGAAUACUAUGAGAUAAAAUGUCAAUAAGGAUACUGUAGCUUCCAAUAUUAACUAUAGAGCAGUCACCAUAGAAACAAAUCUGGUGUUGAUGGGGGGAAUGUCAUCUAAGAACCUUUAGUUCCUGUCCAUUGUGCUGGCCCAUGGAGUCUCUCCAGAAAGGCUGGUUCAGGCUUCCCCACAGCAGUGACUGGGUUCCAUCUCCAGGCAUCCUUGACAAAGACACGAAGUUUACUUGUGGAGUGGGUGUCAAAAAAGUUGUCACUGUGUUAUUGUGAGUUGUCCUUCAGCACCAAAGAGCAGGUAAGGCACAGUGUGAUGGCAGCUAUCCAUGGGAUUCUCUUUCCCAGGGUCCUCACCCUCAGUGACUCCCCGGGGUGGCUCUGCCCUCCAGGUGGCGUUUUGAGGGGAUGCAGUGCCCAGAGUGGGGUUGGGGGGAUGGGGAUAGUAAGCGCAGGGCCCUUCCUUCACCUGCUUGGGACCCACGGAUAGGUGACUCACCCUGGUCCGGUGCCCAGAGGGCUCUGAGAGGGGAGCGGCUGGGGGCAGGGAGCAUGUGGAAGCCUCAAGUACUGGCCUUGGUGAGAACCUCGUCCCGCCUGGCUGCCUUACAGCCAUUUCUCCACUCCCCUAGAUAUUCCCCCAUACAUAUAUAUUUGGCUUCUGAAGAUUUAAAGAGAGUCAAAUAUCCUGGGAGGGGUAGAUGGGUGAAGAGAAAAGUGCGUCUUUAGGCUUCUUCUCUACUUAAUCUACACAUCCACUUUUUCAAGGUUAUGGAACGUCUUAACAUUUCUCUAAACUAUUUGGAAUGAAUUUUAUACAGGGCUACACCUACUGGUAUCUAAUUCUAGUUUAUCGGACUCUACCUUUAAAGCUUCUUGUGAAGUGUUAAUGAUUAUCAUGAAUCUGAACAUCUCUGCUGAUUUACUCAAGUUUAUAUGUUGUAAGUAAGUAGUUCAUGGUAUGUAGACACAGUCCUUUCAAACCAUCUUUAAGAAUUUAUGUUACAGAAGUAUAUUUUUCUACAGAACUAUCUUUAAAAAUAACAAAAACAUUUUAAAUUUUGACUUAAAACCUUCUUCUUCCUGUUACCACAUUCUCUAUAUUAAUUCUGUUUGCAAAUGAAAUGAUUAUUAAUGAUUUAGUGACUUGAGCCUGUUAUAAGAAUUUGCAAAGCCUGGUAUACACACACAUUGCCUUAGCCUAUCAGUAGAAUAGAGGACAUAUUACCUAAGUUUGUCUGUUUGUUGCUGUUGUUGGACAAAAUUUUAUGUCUGUGUAUGCGCAGUUGUUUUUUUUCUAUUUUCUUCAAAGAUGUGAAUUAAAUGAAAGUGUGGGAGCCAGCUAUAUAUUUCAUAUUAUGGGUGUUCUGGAUCCUUUCACUCUUAUACCAUUUUCUUGUAAGGGCAACAUUUGCAGACUAGCUAAUGGACUCUAGAGCUGAGCUAUUUUAAUUUUAUACUUGACUCAGGGGAUCAGCUCUGUGAACUCCAUUGCAUGAAGAAAGCAAAUGUUUGCCUUGAUUUUGAAUGUACCUUUUUAAUGUCUUCUUAAAACAUAUUUUGUUUAAUAAUGUGGGUUUGUUUUCUUUUUCUAGCAUCAUAGUAAAUAUUGCCUAGUAUUUCCCCCCCUCCCCAGGGUAGUUUACAUACUAUCCUACAGGUCAUGCCAAAAAUAAGUAAAAGUUUAAAUGCCAAAAUGUUUAUGAAACUGCUGUCUAAAUACUGAUUGAUUGCACAGUUUAAAUAAAAGUUUUCCUUAGUUAAAAAA